CCGUCUUCUCCCCCCUCCUCCUCCUCCUUCUAGCUUCCUCCUCCUCCUCCUCCGGGCUGAUGACAUGCCUCCGUUAUCCAUGGAAACUAAAACUUCCGGUGAAGAAUCCAACAGUCCCGCCACUGACUCGGACCAGGGCAGAGGGGAGCUGCGAGGAGUCAACGGCAGAGGCAAAAGAAGACGGAAGAACAGAGAAGCAGCGAGGAAGAGUCGAAAAAAGCAGACGGAGAGGGCGGACGAGCUCCACCAGGAGCUUCAGGAUCUGGAGCGGGCAAACUCGGCCCUGGAGAAGGAGAUCGCUGCUUUGAAGAAAGACCACGAGCUUUACACGACGGCCCUGGAGCGCCACAAACCCCUCUGCCGCCUCCGAGCCGCCGAGGGCUCCAGCUCACCUCGCCGCCUCUCUCUUUCCUCCUCUCUGCCUGCAGCCCCUCGGAGCAGUGCACACCCCUCCAGCAUCGCUCUCCAGACCUCAACCUCAACCCAAAACACAAAUCAUUUAUCCUCCGCUGACCUCCCCAUCCCAUCUUCCUCCACUUCCCCGAAUGACUCCUCGUCUUGCGCAGGUGAGACUGCAUCGCCACUCCCGGGAUGUGUAGGCAUCCCUCUUGAAACCCCAAACCCCUGUUUUGAUACGUCCUUCCCACUUUGUUCCUCUCUCGUUGCCAGUAUGGGUGUCAGCCCAGCCAGUAGUCCUCUCUCAAACUUGUCUCCCACUCCAUCAGCAAACGCAUCAAACUCACCGCCGUGCUCCUCUGCCAAUCUCUUCCCUUCUUCGAGUUCGUCCGUUCACCCCUCAGUCUCCUCGCUGCAGCCCAUCCUCAGCCAAGGGCCCCCUCUUACAUACUCCGAUCAGUCAAUCAGUCAAUCAAGUUGCACACUAAGAAAUGCUCCUCAAACUCACACCAGCCUUGUUUCUACCUCUCCCUCGCUAGGAACUGGUCUGACUUCUGGUCAGAUGACCUCCCACGUGCCUACCCCCCCUGGGUUAACAAAUUACCUCCCUUCGCUGGAAAAAGUUGCUUUCUUGCCUUCGUCUUCCCCCGUAUGUAACCAGGCGGACUGUUCUGGGCUAGUGAAAAUCCAGUCAGAGAGGCAGGCCCCUGUACCCAGCCCUCAUUUUCCCUCUGUCACAGCUUUCCCGGGGGGUGAAAAUGCUGCUGUUCUGGGCCAGGUUGGUCUAAUGAACGAACCCCAGCUUUACCACCGUCAACCAUGCUCUAUGAACUCUACCAGCCAACUGCAUGGUCCUUUCUCAUUAUCCUGUCAAGUUGUAUCCCCACAGUCUCUGUUUGCCCCCUCAGUUGCCCCUCAGAUUCAUUUAGAUCACAUUCCUGCCUCUAAUGUUAUGGUUAAGCCUAGUUUUGGUCAACAAAUAAUGGAUAGGCCCACCUCUCUGCUAUCCUCAUUAACUGUCCCCAGCUCUCUCACUGUACCUCAACCUACAGUUGACGUCUUUUCAAGCCCCGUCACUGGUCCGGGUGUCUGCCCACAUUCCAUCUCUCAAUACCUCACUUCCCCCCCAACAGCGGGAGAACCUUCCAGUGACCUGACCCUUUCGGAAUUACUGGAUACCGAUGAUUGGCUGCUGGAUGAUCACUUAUUUGUGUAGGGCAUGUCAAAGGGGCAGGAAGGAUCAGAUUUCAUCUGCCUCUAUCUGAAUCUUAAAGACAUACAUAGUAGGAUUUGCUGCCCCGAAAUAGCAUAAACUUAUCCAGAAGUGUACCCAGUCAGUCAUUACUACUGACCCACUGGUAGUCCGUGUCAGUGUCUGUUUUUGCAAACGCUGCGUUCUGCCUGUAUUUCUGGUUUCCUAAAUGUUUGCGAUGUUUCCGGGCGUCAGCCAGUUGGCCUUGGGUCUGUCGGGCAACACCUACAAUAACGCUGCAUGGGGCUCUGCCUUUAACAAGCACUCAAGUAACUGGGAAUCUUUGCAGUUGCAGCGUUUUAUUGCAGAUGGGAAAAAUAUUUGCUGCUUUUUGAAACCUAAGAGGAAGUGUGACCAUGUGAAUACACCACUUCUGCCCUGUUCUUGGUGUGAACAAAGUGCCAAAGUUAACCACACAUCCAAGCAGGACUACACAAAGGCAAGCUGUGCUGAUGGCAUUUCAAAUAUGACGAAAUUAUUUUCACUCACCGUCCGCCUCGGAUACGCCUUCCCAUAAAUCAAUGUUUUCAAUUCCUAAAUAGAAAACCACAUUAUAUUUAGUGUUUUUUUCUUGUAUUCUGAAAUGUCAGUGCUCUUCAAAAAAAAAAACCACACACAAAUGAUAACUAUAUUGAUAGCCAAAUAGGUUUCUACACACAAGGAAGUAUAGAAAAGAAAACUAAGAAUAUAAACAUUUGACAUAAACUUGUUUGAUUUGAUUGUGCCAAACAAGGGUUUCAGGCUUUAAAAAUGAGUCAUUGUGCAUCAUCGCCCAUCAUGAGCAAAACCCGGGACUGAAAGGAUGAAGAAAAAUGGUCUGCUAGCUGCUUGUGUUAAGUCAAGUCCAUUUCUAAUGAUGUUUUUGUUUUCUUUUUUAAUUUGUAAUGUGAUGGACACGGAAAUUUGCCUCACACAGGGAGACGCCUCUGCUCAAAGGAUACAAGUGAACUGUAAAUCAAAGGGUAAACAAUUAGCCCAACGUGGACUUAGCACGACAAUGAGCAUAACGGAGACGAUCGAGAUAUUGAAAGUGUUUUUGCUGAUAGAAAUUAACUAACGACUACUAAAUGUAAACCUUUUUUUUUUAGAAACCUAGAAAAUUUGACUAAUGGGUUUGAGAAAGUCAAUAUAUUUUGUGUUAUUUAUACACUGUGACGAUGUGAAAUAAUCUAAUAAUUUUUACCUUCUUUGUAAUUGUAACCUCAUAUCUAUAUCUAUGUACGGAGGCCCCGAGUGGUCACAGCAUUCAUUAUGAGCGUGCUCGCAUCAGAACGACGCCUCUUUCCCGCCGUAGUAAGACGAGCGCGCUGGGACCGUCUAAAAAGUGCAGCACUGAAAAGAGCUACCUUAAAAACAUUCAACAACUUCGCUCUUAUACAGUGUAGUGUGUCCCCAAAAUCACCUCACAUAUCCAAUGGUCUGCUGU